AAAUUUUCCCGCUCCACUGACAUCUCUUCAACUUCCUCUCCAGAAUCAAAUAAAAAACCCUAACCUCUCUGUUCCUCCCAUUACAUCGAAACUGAUAACCCUUCUUCUCUCUUACUUGGUUUCUCUGUCUCAUAGUUUGAUUUCGAGGGAAAAUUAAAAAAAGAUAUGUUUUAUUCGCAUGUUUACUUGGCUCGGAAGGGUCCUCUGGGAACGGUUUGGGCCGCCGCUCACUUGCAACAACGCCUCAAGAAGUCUCACUACACCGGCACCAACAUCCCCAAAACAGUCGAUCUUAUAAUGUUCCCUGAGGCACCUUUGGCAUUGAGAUUGUCUGGUCAUCUUCUACUCGGUGUUGUCCGAAUCUAUUCAAAGCAAGUUGAUUAUCUGUUCCGUGACUGUGCUCUCGUCACUACUUGGUUAUCCAAGUCUUUCGUUUCUGCUCAAGUUGACUUGCCUGAGGAUGCUAGACAGGCUCCCGUUGAGUCUGUCACUUUGCCUCAAGCACUGAACUUGGACGACUUCCAAUUGGAUGAUGACACGCAUGAAGGUGAAUUUGAUAAUCAUCUUAGGAGUCAGGAAGAUAUCACUCUCACAGAUCAAAUCCCAACUGGUGUUGAUCCUUAUGUUGCUAUAACAUUUGAUGAGGACAUGGGUACAGAAACUAUCCCGAUGGAUGUUGACCAAUCUACCGAACCUGUGAGUGCGCAUCCUGUUGAUACUGAUGUUGAGAUGGCUUUUGAGACGGAACCAAUCAAUGAGCCAGGAGACUUCAAUGUUGGUCUAGAUACUCGUUACGACACAGAGGAAAUCCCCGAGUUCCAGGAUCCCAGACCGAGUAACUUGACAGAACCGCUUAAUCCCAGUCCAGAGAGAGGCAAUGUCAAUUCUCCAGGAAGUGUUCCUGAGGUUGAGAUAAGGCGUGAUGCUGCACACGGUUUAAGCCCUGCGUCCCAUUUACCAUUUGCUACAGAGCACACUGAACCUUUAGAUGAAACUAUGAAUGAGAAGGAACCCAAUAUCCCCAACCUUGAUGAUGAAGAGUUGAGUUCUAGAGGACAUGCGUUUGAGCUUCGGUCAGGAUCUCCAGGUUUUGCUCGUUCUGAGGAAGAACGUGACAACUUUGUGCAUCCAUCACCUCAACUAGCUCUUCAGCCAUCUCCACCUCCACCUCCUGCACAGCAACCAAGGCCAAGGAAGAGGAAGCACUUUGAUAGAGUCACAGUAUUAACUAACAGGAUCAUGAGAGAGAGGCUUGAGGAUCCUAGUGAUACUCUUCGUAAGAGAAAGAAGAUGCCUUCGUCUAAACUAAGUAUGUGGAGAAUGAAUAACCAGUCAAAGAAGGAUCAAAUCUUCAGUGAGCCCUUGCUUACUGGCUUUUCAGAUGAUCUACGCAGUGUCUUUGAUAAGGACUUUGUAUCUUCAAAGCCAUAUCUUGUUGUUUCUAAUGAAAGUAUUCCAGAACCUGAACCUGUAUCAUCUCCUACUCGAGAAGCUGAAGCAGAAGUUCACCCGACCUCUCCAAUUCCACAAUCUGCAGUUCCUGAUUCUACUCAUCCAGACAGUACAGUCCAGCUGUCUCCAGUUCGACAAACUGAAGAUGCCCAAGGCUCUGCAGUUCCUCAAUCUGCUCAUGGAGAGUCUGUAGCAAGAGAAGCCCAAUCUCCACCGCCAUUUAAUAUUGACGAUGACACAGGAAUCGAACGCUUCAGAGAUGGUGGUUACACUGAGUUCAUGCCGUCGCCACCUCCAAGGUUUUCACCUUCUAGAACGGAUGACUUCACCACUCAGACUAGUAGAGCUUGGGAGACGGAAUCUUAUAGAACAGAGCCUUCAACUUCCACAUAUCGAGAUGAUAUGCCUGGACUAAUGAACUCAGGGAUUUCAGCUAUUCCUGAAAUGGCAGACGAGGAACUUUAUUUCCUGGAUGUAAGUGGCAAUACCCCGGUGAAUUCACCGGCUAGUCAAGAUUCUGAUGCUUUGACAGGGAGAACAAGAGCCUUGGCUAAGUAUCUUAAAGAACGCUCUUCUAGUAGUCCCUCUUCAAGCUCUUCUUCAGGAGAUCUAAGUUUGAGCAAGAUCUUGGAGGGAAAGACAAGGAAGCUAGCUGCUCGAAUGUUCUUUGAGACACUGGUGUUGAAGUCCAGAGGACUUAUUGAUAUGCAACAGGAGCAACCUUACAGCGAUAUCACCCUGAAGUUGACGCCUGGCCUUUUUCAAAAGUUCAACAAUGAAUAAACAAUACUCACUGUAUUUUAUUUGUGUGUAAAUUAUUAGCUUAGAUUCUAGACAAGGGAGUGGUCAUCCUCAGUUUGUUGAUCAUUACAGCUUGUAUGGUUUAAAGAAAUAAAGCUUUUUUCUGAAAUCCA